AUGUUUACUAAAGUAUUUUCCUGUUUGAACCUUGAUCCUUACAGAUAUCACUUUAUGGAGAACUCUGAAGAAAUGGACCAAAUGCUCUAUCAGGAUGGACAGGUGGAAAUGGAGGCAGCCAAUGGUAUGGGGCCAUAUCAGGACAGUUUCUCAGUAUUGCCCAUGAACCCUACUGGAGAAGUCAGCCAGCCAAUUGACUAUUAUGGAAACCUCGAGAACCGAUUGUGUCCUCAAGCUUCCCAUCAAUUUCAAGGACAUACAGGCCCCAUCCAGCAGCCUCCAAUCAACCCACCCACUCAAGAAUGCAACUUCAAUUUGCAAAACUCGAGUGACUCUAUAUUGAGAUACUCAAGUGAAUACAGUCACUUAUAUCAUCGUUCCCAAAAUGCCCCAUAUUAUGGUCCCUCGGAAUCUUCUUGCCUGCCCUUAAUGUCUGAAACACCGAUGGUGUGCGGGAAAAAUGACACUUACCAGAACACAGACAUAAAGGCCCAGGAAGAAGAGGUACCCUACAAACAGCAGAAAAAUAUUAGAAAGACAAGAGCGCCCACUUGGAAAGACUCUCAAAGCAUCAUAGAUAUAGUUCCGGAGAGGAAAAAGACAACUCCCAUGAAUCCUGCAUAUGCGAUCCGAAAGUCACGAAUUACCAACAGUGUAUACAAAUGGCCAUUCAGAGACAGAAUAAUCCAUCUGUUGGCACUGAAGAACUAUAGAAAGACUGAUCUGCUCGUUCGACUUCAGAAAGAUGGCAUUCCAGAAAAUGACAAGAACACCCUUGGGAGAAUUCUGCAAGAAGUAGCCAUUCUAAACACUGAUUUUUCAUAUAGCCUAAAGGACUCUGUCUUUAAAGAGAUCAGGAAAGACUGGCCUGGAUACAAUAACCUAGACAGGCAGUCACUGGAGUUGAUCCUUGCCAACAAGGCAGAGUCAUUCCAGAAAUCCAGCAGUAACACCCAGCCACAAUUUUCUAGUAGAGAUGGCACCUUAUCUUUUUCCCAGGAUCAAUCAUCCAAUCCAGGUUUUAUUGAUCCUCUAAGGAGAAGGAAAGUCAGAAUAUCUCACCUAGCAACGGCAAGCCGGCCAACACUAAACAGAGAAAACUCCACUCUUAUUCGUCCUCCACCAUCUGCAACAACUGUGAGCUCUGUCGCAUCACCAGAACUCACAGCUACCAUUCCUAUUUCAAAUUCAAUGCCUGUAGCUUCCAGCUCUGCUUCUAAUGGCACUGCACAAGGACUGGGCACUCAACACCACACCUUCAGACAAAAGAGUCGAAUCUCUGAGAGUCAAGUAAAAACCACCAAUUUGAAAAUGUUAGCCUCUUCUUCAUUUGCCGCAAAAAAGCGUAAAAGUGUAAGAAAUCCAUGUUUGAGAUCUAUUAAUAAAUUUAAACGUAUGUUUUUAAAAUACAGAGUCAAGAACCGGAUGUGCAGUACCACAACAAUGAAGAAAGAGAAGACAGAAACAAAACCCCAGAGGGAAGACACGGAGAUGAAUCCUGCUGAAGAAGCUCCGACAGCUUGCAGUGCGUCUGCUACAGCACCUGCACUUCCAGAUUAUUUGACUAAAUAUGUCACUGUAGAUAGCCCUGAGCAGCGCGAGCAUUUUGUACAGGACUUUUAUGCAGAAUAUGAUGAGUAUCAGACCUUGCAUGCUAAGAUGGUAGAUUUAUCCAGAAUAUUUUUUCAACUAGAUGCAGAAAGAAACCAGCUGACUCCAGGCUCAAAGGAGUAUCAGGAUAUUGAUGAAAAAGUAAUACUAGAGUACCAAAAGAUGAUAGAGCUUAACCCCAAUUUUAAGGAAGAAAAACGUAGAUGCUUGUAUCUGUAUGACAAGUUAUCUCACAUUAAAAGACUAGUAAGUGAGUAUGAUCAACAAAACCUCAUGGAAACCAGUAGCAGUUCUAGUGGAAGUUGUUCACCAGAGUAA